GGGCGUGACGUCAGCCCCGGCUCCGUCCAAGGGCAGCCUGCAAAAGCCUCGGGAUUCAAACCGCUCGGCGCAGCGGCGGGGCGCGGGCUGCAGCCGGGACGGGAGCGGCGGCGGCGGCGUCUCUCCCCCUGCCCAGCCCGCGGGGCGAAACUUCCAUGCGGAGCGGCCGCCUCUUGCUGCCGCCGGGACCGCAGCGCGGCGCGGGGCGGCCGGUCUCCCCGGCGGCCGGCGGGAUGCGGAGCGCGUGGGUCGGUGCGCGGGCGGGGAGCCGGGUGCGGUCCUGAGGCGUUUGUCUGCAGGUACCGGAGCUGGGACCCGCGCGGCGCCUAAAGAUGCUGAAGGGGGUCUGGUUGCUCAGUGUGUUGACAGUGGCUGGGAUCUCGCCCACGACGGAGAGCCGCAAGCCCGCCAAAGACAUUUGCAGCCGGAGCCGCUGCCCCUGCGAGGAGAAGGAGAACGUGCUGAACAUCAACUGCGAGAACAAAGGCUUCACCACCGUCAGCCUGCUGCAGCCGCCCCCCUCCAAGAUCUACCAGCUGUUCCUCAGCGGCAACGCCCUCACCCGCCUGCACCCCAAUGAGUUCGUCAACUAUUCCAACGCCGUGACCCUGCACCUGGGCAACAACGACAUGCAGGAGAUCCGCACCGGGGCCUUCAGUGGCCUGCGGACCCUCAAGAGGCUGCACCUCAACAACAACAGGCUGGAGGUGCUCCGGGAGGACACCUUCCUGGGCCUGGAGAGCCUGGAAUACCUGCAGGCCGAUUACAACUAUAUCAGUGCCAUAGAGGCCGGAGCCUUCAGCCAGCUCAACAAGCUGAAAGUCCUCAUCCUCAACGACAACCUCCUGCUGUCCCUGCCCAGCAACGUCUUCCGCUUCGUCCUGCUCACCCACCUGGACCUGAGGGGGAACAGGCUGAAGAUGUUGCCCUUCGCUGGCAUCCUGGAGCACAUUGGUGGGAUCAUGGAGAUCCAGCUGGAGGAGAACCCUUGGAAUUGCACCUGCGACCUGCUCCCCCUCAAAGCCUGGCUGGACACCAUCACCGUCUUUGUCGGGGAGAUCGUCUGUGAGACGCCCUUCCGGCUGCAUGGGAAGGACGUGACCCAGCUCACGCGGCAAGACCUCUGCCCUCGGAAAAGUUCCAGUGACUCUCACCAGAGGGAAAAGCACCCUUCCCACUCAGACACGCACAUCCAGAGGCUCUCACCCACGGCCAACCCUGCCGUCAGCCCCACCAGAGCCCCAAAAGCCAGCCGGCCACCCAAAACGAGGAACCGUCCAACGCCUCGGGUCACGGUGUCAAAAGACAGGCAAAUUUUCGGACCUAUCAUGGUUUACCAGACCAAGUCCCCUGUGCCCAUCACCUGCCCAAGUGGCUGUGUCUGCACUUCACAAAGCUCUGACAAUGGUCUAAAUGUUAACUGCCAAGAGAAAAAGAUCAGUAACAUCUCAGAUCUCCACCCCAAACCCACCAGUCCAAAGAAACUUUACCUUACAAGUAAUUAUCUACAGGUUGUUUAUAAAACUGAUCUCCUUGAAUACAGCUCUCUGGAUUUGUUACAUUUAGGAAACAACAGGAUUGCAGUGAUACAGGAAGGUGCCUUUACAAACCUCACCAGUUUACGCAGACUUUAUCUCAAUGGCAAUUACCUUGAAAUCUUGUACCCUUCUAUGUUCAAUGGACUGCAGAGCUUGCAGUAUCUCUACUUAGAGUAUAAUGUCAUUAAGGAAAUCCUGCCACGCACUUUUGAUGCUCUGAGCAACCUUCAUCUAUUAUUUCUGAACAACAACUUGCUGAGGUCUUUGCCUGAUAAUGUGUUUGGUGGUACUUCCCUCACGAGGCUCAAUCUGAGGAACAACCACUUCUCAUACUUGCCUGUGAGAGGCAUCCUUGACCAGCUCUCGGCUUUAAUUCAGAUAGACCUCCAAGAAAAUCCUUGGGAUUGCACGUGUGACAUAAUGGGGCUCAGGAACUGGAUAGAGCAUGUCACUGAGCAGAACAAUCAACAGUCAAGUCCCCCUGUAGUUAUCAAUGAGGUCAUAUGCGAGUCUCCAGCUAAGCACUCAGGAGAACAUCUGAAAUUCCUGAGCAAAGAGGCCAUCUGUCCAGAGAACCCUAACUUGUCAGAUUCUACUCUCUUCUCUAUGAGUCAUAACACAGACACACCACAGUCCCUUAGCGUCUCGCCCAGCUCCUAUCCAGAAAUACACACAGAAGUUCCACUCUCUAUCUUAAUUUUAGGCUUGCUGGUUGUGUUUAUCUUGUCUGUCUGUUUUGGGGCAGGCUUGUUUGUCUUUGUUCUGAAACGCCGAAAGGGAGUGCCAAGCGUGCCCAACAGUGCAAACAACUUAGACAUAAGUUCAUUUCAGCUGCAGUAUGGGUCUUACAACAUGGAGAGCCACGAUAAAACUGAAGGGCAUGUUUAUAACUACAUCCCCCCUCCUGUCGGGCAGAUGUGCCAAAACCCAAUCUACAUGCAAAAGGAAGGGGAUCCAGUUGCAUACUACAGGAAUCUCCAUGAGUUUAGCUAUAGCAAUCUUGACCACAAAAAGGAAGACUCCGCCAGCCUUGCAUUUACAAUCAGUGCCGCUGAAUUGCUGGAAAAGCAGUCCUCGCCAAGGGAGCCAGAGCUGCUGUAUCAAAACAUUGCAGAGAGGGUCAAGGAACUCCCCAGUGGAGGGGUUGUUCAUUAUAACUUUUGCACCUUACCCAAAAGGCAGUUUGCUCCUUCCUAUGAAUCCAGACGCCAAAACCAGGACAGGAUAAAUAAGACUGUUUUGUAUGGAACACCCAGGAAAUAUUUUGCAGAACAGUCUAAACCCGAGCAUCCUUUGCUGCAAGGAAAGCUACAAACGGAACCAGACUACCUCGAAGUUCUGGAAAAACAAACUGCAAUUAGUCAGCUGUGAGGGUGGAUUGGGGGGGGAGGAGGAGGCAUUUUAAAAGGGUCUUAAAGUCAAACUUGAUUGGUAUUGAGCUCUGAAUCAGUGUGACUUGUCACAUUCUCAAUAUUUCCACUUUUUAAAUUCUGAAAACAAGCAAACACAACCCUCUUAUACUGUGCUGAGGGUGUAGUGUUGCUUUUGCAAAGGUCCCUUUAAGUUAUUUCUACAUCUUUCUUCUUUUUUCCCUCCCCUUAGGAACUGUCUCUGCAAAUGAAUGUUUCGACAAUAGAUUUUUGCAUAAUUCUCUUUUUUUUUUGAGUUGGGAGGAAGGGGGACUUUUUUUUUCUCUUCAAUUUAAAGUGGAAAGGUAAUGUAUUAUGUAGAAGAUCUCCAAAGAUCUUUUUCCUGGACUAUAACUUUUUUUGUAAAUAAUAAUAUACAAUACUGCUGUUUCAAUUACAAGUAUAGCCACUGGGCAUCACUUUCUUGUGUUAAAGUGCCUUUGCACUUUAAGUACAUUAUUACUUAAUUGUUGCUCUUAGCUUUGAUAAAUUGAACCUAUUUUAAUGUGUUGUAUUUUUGAAAUUAAAAAAAUGUAAAAUAGAUCUAUAUGUCAGCUGCAUUAAAUCAAACCAUCUUGCUUGAGUUAUAGGAAGCCAGACCUUCUUUAAGGGAAUGUAGUUCUAGGACUUUAUAGAUUGAACUGUAAAUUAUUUGGAUUUUUUUCCCCCCCUUUGGGUUUGGUUUAAGUGAUUCAUUGAAAUCAACUAAGAGGACUUAGCAAUGGACUAGAGGUAAUCAGCUGCCUCAGAUGGGAGUAACAGUUCAUUAAUAAAAGACAUUUAACAUGACAUCAUAGUGAACUGAACAAUUAAUGUCCCUUCUCAAUUCAUUACACUGCAGCUCUAACACAGCCAAUAAUGUUCAGUGGUUUAAGAUUUUUUCAUACUAAAUAAAACAUUACUCUACUUGUAAUGUAUAUUUUCUGCAUUAAAUUAGAUAUUUUUAUACAUUUAACAACAGAGUUUAUUUUUCUAACUUAAUUGGAAUUACCAGUUUGUUUUCUUGCCAGGUGUAGUACUUUUAAAAUAAGCAUGCACACCAGCAGGGGCCGCCACACAACCUCAUUAAACACACAGCCAUACACGUAAAUGAAUAAACAAACUUGCAAAGAAACUUCAGAAGUGAGAUUAGAACCUGGGUCCCCUCAGUCUGCUAGAGAUUGAUAGAUACAUCAUACUAACUUUCAGCAAUGUGAACAAUUUCAUGUUUUCCCUAUCUAAAUAGAAAGUAACAGUGCAGCAAUCCUAACCCAGUUGAUAAACAACUCCUACUAAAUACAGUAGUUUAAAUUUUUAGAGGGGUUUAUUAAUCAAUUACCUUUUAAUCUCAAUAUGGGUUUUAAUAAGAACAUCAGUAAACAUAGUCAAUAUGUUUUCUGUUCUGCCUUAGACUUGGGCUUGUGUUACUUGAAUCUUUACCUUCACAUCUAAAAUGUACAUUUCUUUCCUUCCUGAAGAAUAUUGAAAACAUUUUAAUUAACAAGUGAGAUACACAAACUUUAUAGAGCCUUAGUAGCCUGUAAAUAAUUUUUAGAUCCAAACAUUGUGUGAUUUCAACAAACAGCCCUUAUUUACAACAAAAAGUUUUGUUUUGUCUAUUGUAAAUCCUUAUGCAACUGGGAUGGUGAUCUGCAUAUAAAGUAGGCCAGGCUUUUCAAUUCCUUAUUAAAGCAAUUGAUGGGGUCUGAAAGAAGCACACUGUUUCCUUUUCAUAAAUAGGUUACUCCACAUAAUAAUCCUUUAUUAUCAUGCAGAGAUUGAAGUGGACUCUGCUGACUGAUUUUUAAAGCUUUACUCUAACUAAUGAUAUAUUAUCUGCAACUUUGAGGAAUUUUAAGCAAUAGAUUUUCGUUAUAAAUUACUACAAUCUGUGUUAUUUUAAUCAGGACUUUUGCCAGCAGGAAGUAGCUUUAUAUUUAAGAAGUAAACAAGGUUUGCAUGUAUAGGGUCAAAUAUAUGGGUCAUGCUGCAAACUGUUUUCUAGUGACUUAUGUGACAUAUGAGUACAUUAAUAUGCUAACUUGUCAAUUGCUUAUCUUUAGAGGCCGUAACUUCUAUUGCUGCUCAUUAGAUCAGGUUUAAAACUGAAGUGCUGCAAUGAACCACUGAAGAAUCAGUCUUCAAAAUGGUCUCAUUUCAAGAAGGAGGAGAAGUAUUAUCAUAUUAGUUGAAGUUGGAAUAUUUGCCUGGAAUAGCAUCCAUCUUUGGGUGAGGUACUUAUUUGAGAGCUUCCAAUACUAUUGUCUUAUGUCUGGGACACGGGAUACAACUAAAUGUAUUUAUUGCUGAGAAAACUAGGAAAAUCAGGUGUAGGGAUUACUUAAAGUGACCGUUUUGUGAUGGGGUUUGCUGCAUUAACUCUUUCUAAAUUCCCUUUUAGUACCGUUUGCAAAGACUGGCACUUUUCUGUAUCUGGAGUUAUUAGUAAAUCGUCUUCCUCCCUUCUCCAAACAGCAGAACCAAUGCAAAAUUUCCUUGUCUUCUGCAAAUUUGGGUUUUCAAUUCUAUAAUGUUUAAGAACAACAUGGUAGCACGCAGAUUAUGAAUUCAUUUAGUAGCUAUUUAUGGUUCAAUUUUUAUGUUUGUUUUGCUUCCCUGAGUUUUGCACAUGGUUCGCCUCGAUGGCAAAGAGAGAUUUUUCAGGUAUUGUUUUCCUUUACAUUUUUUUUUUCAGAUCUAUUAAUGUAUUUUAUUUAGUAAAUGCAUUUUGAUUUGCCUUAUCAGUGCAAACUUUUCAAAACAAUUUUUAUUCUAGGAUCUUGUUUGUUAUAUAUUAUUAAACUUUAAUUUUAUUCACAGCUUGCAUAGGUUUGAGAGAUUUCUUUUUCUUUAACAGUUAAAAUGCUGCUUCUGAUAGAGCAAGUUGUGCCUCUCAGCUGCUGUCCUGUGGAAGAUCUGUCGGCCUCCCUUGCUAGGCAGUAGUGGCGGCUGCUUCUUGCUCCUAGGAGAUGAUGCCUGCCUUGGUAGCAGCCUCAUAGUUAGCAGCAAUCUGAAAAGAUCUCCCUGGUUGAUGGCUCCUUUCCAGAGCUCACCUGUGGAAAAAAAGAGUGACCAAAUCAGUGGAAGACUGUCUCUGUAUAAAAUAAGAUGAAAAGCGUUUCUUUUCCUGGUAAAUUGAUGUAUUUAUGACGCAUGACAGAAUGGCCCCCAGAUUAAAGAUGAUGGGUGAGAUAGGGUGGCACAGUACUAAAACUAUGUAGCUAUUUGCAGUGCAAAAAAAAAAGACUGCCUACGUUUGUCUCUCUGGAUAUAGAGCAUUAAAUCAAUAGGGCUACUGGUAAAGUAAGAUCUAAAUAAGGUUAUCAGAAGUUGACCCACCAUGAACACCUGAUGAGAUGAGGCCGAACGCUACCCUGAUGUACAGGCCUGUGCAUGGGGGGAUGGGUAUAAGGAAAGGUGUAACUGAGGAUAGAAUUUGGUCUAUGGUUCCUAGGCGGGCAUCUCCUAGGAGAAAUUCUAUUGCAUGUGUGACACACCUGUCUUUCCUGUCUGCUUAUUUGUAAAUGCUCGUUUUCUCGAUAGGGAGAUUGAGAGAGAGAACUGCAGUCAGUGGUGUCCAUGGCACUUUUCACUAGAGCUCCUAUUCUGGCCAGCUUCUAGUUUGGGUAAUUGCUAGAGGUUGACAUUGUAAACCCCCCUCUCCCCUCAAAAAGAAAAGAUUGGUAGAAGGGCCACGGUAUGCUAUCUCUCAGUGUGCCACCCUCUGCUGCUUGUGACUUUGUAAAGCCUCCAGGUUGUCUGCUUCCUUCCCCCCUGAAGAUUCUGUUCUCCUCGCAGUUUUCUUCACCGCCUCGACUCUCUUUGCCUUCCAAGCUGCCUAAUCACCUUCUGCAAGCUCUUUCCCUGCACUGAUUCAAGCGCUCUCCUCAGAUGUAUCCUUCUCUGCUGUCCCCCUUUCCUCACAGACAAGCUCGUCCUGUGCCCUAUUUCCCUGACGCUGAAUUUCAGCACCAAAGGGAGUGAUUCAGCCUGGGCAGUCAAGUUCCCCUUCUUUCUGCCUCCUUUGACAGAAGCAGUGUGUGUCUUUCUUGGAUGCUGCUGCCUAACCGUCAUGGUAAACAUGGGCCUUAGCACUAGAGGGAGCUGCACGUAGCAGUUCCCUUCCCCUGCCGCUGUGUGGUCCUCUUCAGCUGGAAGAAGAGGCUAGCUGGCCGGCUUCUAAAACAGAGCAGUGCUCUUGCAUCCACAGUGGAUUUAACAUGUGCUACCCAAUCUAAGAACUGCUCUGCCUUUGCUGAGGGACGUUCUGCAUGAGGCUUGGCAGAUUAGUAAUCUUAAACCAUAGUAACUACAUUCUGCCUCCCUAAUGCCCUCUGGGUGUUGAAUUCUUCGUUUCUGUCCCUAAACUGUUGCGUGUUGUUGCUGUGCACUGUUAAACAUCUGCCUUAUUCCACCUCUGAGGUGGAUGCAUAUUGUUGGUGGCUGAAGUGAUCCCUGUCGAAUGUGGGUGCUUUGGGAUGAAAAGCACCUAUAAAUUCUUUUUGUAUCUACAGAGAAUUGCACAUCAAUCUUUUUUCUUUGUUUUUAGUUUAUAAAAAAAAGAAACCAAGAAACCCAUUUUUUCUUAGUUUUAAGUUGUAACUAUUUGUGUCAAGAUAAUGGUGUAAACAACUUGAAUUGCAAAAAUAAAACACUUUCAAAAAGAAGAUUGACCUUGCAUCAGAAUACAAAUGCCAUAAUUUUAAACUGCUCAUGAGUGAAAUGAGAUACUGGAAAUGUUAAUGAAAUGUUUUAGGCUCUUCCAGGCUAAUCACUGAUACAGUUUGUGAUUUCACAUAUUACCACUAUAGCAGAUGGCGAAUGUCAAUUAACAUAGUGGAAGCAUUCCUAUUUACCAAAAAAUACAGAGUAAUAAACUUUUCUGGGAGAUGUGACGUUUCUCAGGGUUUUUUUUUUUGUUUGUUUUCAAUUCUUUUUUCAAAGCAUUCUGUAGAAGAAGUAGAAAAAGUGAUUCUUUAGGAAGGGGAUUAUUAAGUCUGUAUUAUCAAUCUCAUCGUUUUUUCUGGGCAUGGGGCCAAUCAUUUUGACUAAGUUUUUGUUUUUAAUCCUGGAUAAUAAGAGAGGUGGAUUAAUGAGAGGGUUUUUUUUUCCUUUUUGGAAGUGGACUAUUGACAUGUUUGUGAAUAUACUGAGUAGAUCGUUUUGAAUGGAAGAAAUUAUGGAGGAGCGGUUGGCUUUUAAUCAUAUUACAGACCAGAGAAGUUCAAGAAUAUUAGUAAUGUUUGAAAUAUGAGAAAUCAUGAAGUCUAAUUUUAUUGUUGAGAUUAUGAACAAAGUCACCCAUUUGACUACAGUAGUGGCUUUCAUUACAUAGUGUUUUGUAUCUGGAUAGAUGAAAUUAGAGGUCAGAUAGACUUCAUUUAUCCUAAAGUACAUUCACGUAAUUGAAGUGUUUGGGAUUAGCAAGGUUUUUAUUGCUUUCUUGUUUAUUACCCUAUGUCUGUACAUGUCUACAAAUAUAGCACUGUUGUUACAGCUUGGCUGUAGAUGUCUAAUAACCAUAAUACAGUUACCAAGAAUAAACCUAGUUAGAAUAUUUCCUUGUCACUCAUUAAUAUACUUUUUUAAAAAUGCCAUGGAUUAACUAUGUAAUAGAUCCUGUAGUCCAUUCACUUCUAAGGGCCUUAGUUGAAACCAGCUUUUCAUAAGGGCAUAUGAAGUACAUGUUUCUCCCCUGCUGUGAUCAAAUUAAUAUGUGUUACUCGUUAGGAAACGAGACCAAUCCGUACUUUGCUGACCUUGAAAGUAAAGAUCGUGAGCAUAAGAUGGCGUUACCAUUUUGAAAUGGAGGUGAUUAACUUGUGUCUUUGCAAGCAGUAGCAAUAACUAUUGUACAAAAAUUAUUCUGAAAUGUCUGCAAU